AUGGCAAAUUAUAGUGUCAAUGACACUGUUAUGAUAUAUGGUCAUAAAGCAACUAUUGUGGGCAUAAAAAAUAUUAUAAAUGAAAAAUCGAAAGAAGAAACGAGUACAAUAUAUGCAGCAAAAUAUGCUAAUAAAGUAGGCUACACAGGUGGAAUAUACAGGAAAGAGAAAAUAUAUACACCAGAGGAUGGCAGCUUAGUAAUAUUUUGCUCUUUUAAUUCUAUAAGACCUUACAGCGAAGAAGAGAGUGCAUGUAUUUUGAUACAAAAAACAUUCCGAGGAUAUCAGUGCAGGAAGGAUUUCCACUCCUUCGUCUGUUGCAUCGUAUGGAGGAAAUUCGAACACUUGCAUGAAAACAUAACCCUGAAAAACCAUGACGGAAUUUACAAACCAUUAAUGAAAACAAUAAAUGAGGACAUAAAAAAUGGGAAAAUACAAUUUACAACAAAUUGUCUAUCAAGUAAUUCCAAUCAAUUUUCUCGAGUCUCCACAACGUCUUAUGAAUCCUCCCAGUGUGAUGAGAACGUCCCCAAACUGAAAGACAAAAUUGACAAAAAUUUUGCUAUGAAAAUUUUCCACUUUUUCUUAACCACAAAAAAUGUAAGAAGCGCAACAAAAAAUAUGGUGUGUAAGAUUUUAAGGAAAACCAAAAAAAUGCUUGACGAGAAUAUAAAGAGUUCAGUUAUACACAUAGACAUGAACACGAAGUCUAAGGACACAAAACUGAUUAUUUUGGGAGAUGUCCACGGACAGUUGAACGACGUCCUUUGGUUGUUCAAUAGAUUUGGUGUACCAUCAGCAAAUAAUAUAUACGUGUUUAAUGGUGAUAUAGCUGACAGGGGGGAAAACGCUACCGAAAUAUUUUUGCUUUUGUUUAUUUUUAAAUUAUGUGGUUAUGACAGUGUUAUAAUUAACAGAGGGAACCACGAGUGUUCGUAUAUGAACGAAGUCUAUGGGUUUUAUAACGAAGUACUCUCUAAGUAUGACAACACAGUAUUUGAUUUGUUCCAGGAAGUAUUCGAAUUGUUAGGGCUGGCAGUGAACAUUCAAAAUCAAAUAUUCAUAGUGCAUGGAGGUCUAAGCAGAUAUCAAGAUAUAACAGUAAAAGAAAUAGAUGAUCUGGACAGACGAAAACAUGAAAUUCUCCACCCGGAAAAAUAUGAAGAUACCAUAAUUUUUGACCUAUUAUGGUCUGAUCCUCAAAAAAAAAAUGGAAUUGGAGAGAAUGCUAGAGGAAAUAAUUGUAUUACUUUCGGACCUGACAUAACAGAAUUAUUUUUAAAAAAAAAUAAUUUUGAUAUUUUAAUUAGAUCUCAUCAAGUACCUAAAAUGUUAAAAGGUAUUGAAAGUCAUCAUGAUGGGAAAUGUAUUACUUUGUUUUCUGCUUCUAAUUAUUGUAACAAAAUAAAAAAUUUAGGUGCUGCAAUUAUCUUUAAUCAAGAUUUAACUUUUGAAGUUCAAGAAUACAUGUCCCCUUCCCUUGACAUUAUUCGAGAAACGUUUGAACAAAACCAAAAGUUGAGAGAAAAAGUUUUGCAUUCUUCUAAAAUACUGGAGCUCGAAAAAAACGAGCAAAGAAAAAAUAAUAGAUUGUCAACUGAAGGUCUCAUGAAUGAUAUUUUGAGUUGCUUGAGUACACUAAUUUGUCACGAAAAAAAUUCCCUAUGGAAUAAUUUAUACAAAAAGGAUACAGAAAAUACAGGGAUCGUUCACAUAAAUAUAUGGAAGGAAGAACUAGAAAAGCUGAGCAAGACGAAAAAAGUCCCAUGGUUUUAUUUAUGUAAAAAAUUAAAAAUGAUAGAAAAUGAUUAUCAUGUUAAUUAUAACAAUGUCUUAAGUAGGUUUAAAAUAAAUUAUGCACCGAGCGAAAAAUUUAUUAAUUCUGAGUGGAAGAAUGAGUGCUUUGAACAUUUAUAUGAAGCCUUGCUUAAAGCAGACCUGAGUUUGAGGGAAACCUUAAUGAUCUUUGACAAAAAUUUAGAUGGAAAGGUAUCCUUUUCGGAAUUCGAGCAAGUGUUAAAAGAUUUAAAUAUUGAUCUCUCAAAUGAGCAAAUAAGAAUUUUGGUUAGACUAAUCAACAGUAAUUCCCUAUGCAACCAAGAUAGUGUACAAGAAAAUGAUAAAAUUGAUGUAGCUGAGUUUAUUGGCAAAAUGAGAGUAUGUUACCGUUUGUCUAUAAAUAAGGAAUAUAUAAAUAACGAUAAGAUAAAUAAGCUUAUUGAAACAAUUGGAAAACACAUAUUAUCUGAUAGUGCAGACACAGCUAACUUUCAUUACAAAUUUUACGAAGAACAAGAUGAAAGGGACAAUUCGGAAAGAAGAAAAAGAUCUAGUGUUAUUAAAUCAGUUGCUUUAUUUCAAAAAUUUAAAAAUUAUGACCAUUACGGGAAUGGGUAUUUGGAUUAUGAUGACUUCGUUAAGGCAAUUAAAAGUUUCGGCAUGAGCAAGAUUAGCAAGGAGGUGGAAUUUGAGGUGGACGAUGGGAUUUUAAUGGAACUAGCCAAAUCCAUAGACAUAACAAAAUCAUCAAAGAUUAAUUUUCUGGAAUUUUUGCAAGCCUUUUAUGUUGUAAACAAAAGUAAAUAUAAUUACGUGGACGAGAUAUGGUGCCAUAUAUGUACCGUUAUUUAUGAAAACAAAAUUACCUUAAACAAAUGCAUGAAAUAUUUAGAAGAUACAAUGCAAGGGAAAAUAACGAGUAUACAUUUUAGGUAUAUUCUGUUGGAGCUAAAUAAAAUUUUAGAGGAACAAAAACAUGAAAAGAACAAGCCCCUAACGGAUGAGCAAAUCGAUUUAUUGGCAUACACAGUGGAAACAGAUGAAAAAAUAGACUAUGUCGAAUUCUUAAACUCGUUUAAACCUGUUUAUUACAUAUGA